AUUGACACAUUUUCUGUCCACACAGGAGCAGCACAGAGCACCCUUCAGGAUAUCAAAGUACCUGAAUAUGGAGGGGGUUAUGCAUACAAAUCUCUCUCCCCAGCCACACGCAACAGAUACAUUUAUUGGCGAGUGUGUCACGACGUAGUGGAGCUAUGGGAGGAAAGUCUAGACCAUGACUUUGUUCACAACCAUGUUCAACUCAGAUUUGCCGACACUCCUGUGCUCGAGGGUUUGAGCGUACACGAAACUCGCCAGUAUGUUUACAUCCUUUUGGCAACGGUGUCCUCAGUCCACCGCAUUCGUUUGCCGCAUCCUACGUCAACACAGGCCACGAAGAGCAAGCCAUAUUCUAUCCUCAGUGAGCUGACAUUCCAGACUCUGAAGGAAUACCACAAUUUACACAUCCUAAACAGCAGUGCAGUAGGUGCAGGCGAGGGUCUUCCCCACACAGCAGGCACUCACCUCCUGGCAGGUGAGGGGGGGGAUGCGGUAUUUGUGCUGGGACAGACCGGCGGAACUCUGCUUGUUGUCAAGAUGUAUGACUUGCCAUACUCUGUGUUUACGGAGACCAUCAAGAAUGCCUCGCUCAUGAACAGGCUUUUCACUGGUUUUGUGCCAGGGAUGUUCAGGGGCUUGGAAGGCUGUGAAACGGUGACCAGCCUAGUGGUUCAGGAGAUAGCUGGUGAUGUGGUAGCAAUAGGAAUCUGUCGUGAUGGGAAAGUACGUGCCUGGUCUUGCUCCAAGCUGCAGUGUAUUCUUGCACAUGAUACUCUUGAAAAUACUGCAGAAGCAGGCCGCAAGUUGAAUCCUGGAGCUCAGCGCCACCAAAUAAGAAGUUACGGCCAAGGGGAGGAGAGCAUCUUUGGCGUAUUCUUGAACUUCACGGAGAAACAGCUCCUUGUGGUGUAUCAGCCAACCCUAAAUUUAGGCCAGAUUAGCCUAAGUCACAUUAAAACACUUUAUCCUCCUCAGUAUGAUCUAGUUGACUUCAGUGUAACAUCAGCCUACAUAUGGACACUGUGGACUGAUGCAAAUAAUGAGACACAGUUGCUUUAUGCCCCAGUGAACAGUGGAGAGGGAUGCAAAAACCCCCCGGGGCUCUCAUCAGUGGUGUUGGAGCAGCCGCCAGAGAAAGACGUGCCCCUCACCGAUCCCUUCCUGGACCCAAGGGAAAUCUAUCUGAGAGAAUUGUUCAUGCCUAAUAGGUUUUCUGCGCAUACCUUGCGGAAAGCACUUGGGAUAUACCGAAGAAACAUGGAUAUGUCAACGUUGAUAGAUCGUGGAAUGUGGAAACUGCAAGAGGAAGUGGAGGCUGCCCUUAGGGACCAAGUGGAAGCAAGGUUGACAUCUGACCUUACUGAAGAGGAGGUGACACAGAUCACCAUAGAGGCUUGGGCAACAUUCUACUCUCAUACACUCCAGUACCAUCAGGUUGGCCACAAGCCAGUUGGAGUGAUUGGUGUAGGUGCAGACCAUCUGGUGGGUAUUGUCAGAAAGCAGGUCGUGUCAUGGGUACGGCCAAUGGAUGCCCUGGAGGUGGUUGCUUUGGCCCCUGUGGAGAGUUUGAAUGUGGCAAGUCUGGAUGGAGUGCUGAGUGAAGACACUGUGGUGAGCACUGCUGUUGUGGCUCUAGCAAAGCCUCUGCACCUGGUAAGACAGAUGGUGCCCUCAGAGGUAGCAGCUGCAUUUACUCUGGAUUUGUAUCAUCUUCAGCCUCCAGACCAAGUUGGCAAUUCCAUUACUACUUCACUUCUUGCAGAUAAUGCUACCCUGGCCACCAGCUUGGCUCAACAACUAGCAAGUGUUUCUGGUUUAGUACCAGGAUUAUGGGCAUAUUUGCAUGCUCUUCAGUUAGACAUGGGAAUGCCUGAUGCCCUGACACUAGAAAAUGGAAGCAUGUGUGUGCCAGAGACACUGUCUGGUGUUCUUUGUGGACAUGCAGGAGCUGCUAUAGUUAGUGCUGUUGUGGCUCAGAUUGCAAAAGGAAGGCUAGAACUUUGCAGGGACUUGCUGCUGCUCCAACAGGUGGCACUUCAACUAGGCCACCAGUGCCGUCUGACGCCAGAAGCCUCAGCUCAGUUACGGUCAACAUUGCUCCCAAAGACUACACUUCUCACUCAGGCAUACUUUGCAUUAUUGCACGUGUCAACCACAGCAGCCAUUCAUCCCAGCCAAGGGACAGUAGAAGUAGCCAAGCGACAGUUAGCGGCCCUGUCCCUAAAUGAUGGUCCCAGUGGGCUCCAAAUGCCACCAAAUCCUGGCCGUCCAGCCACUGUCCUUGAACUGUACUUCCUUGGCAGUGGAGGGGACCAGGCACGUUCCCUCAUAGCUCCUUCUGUUGGAGGGGCUUCAGAAGACGCCAGCAGUAAUGUUGAUGGUGGUUGGGCACAGCUCUUGAUGCCAUUGUCAACGACAUUAGCUCAGCUGGCAUGGCCCAUAAGUCGUUGCCUCAUGUUGGUCGAAUGGCUGGUAUGGGGCGGGCAACAUGGAGCUGUUCAAGAGUAUGUCAGGCUUCUCCAGCCGUGGUGUGAAUGGAACAGCUGUUCAAGAAAGUUUUUGUUGGGUGUUGCACUAUUAAACCAAGGAGAGGCUACGAAAGCUGCACAGUUGCUUGUGGCAGCCUUGGAAGGGGUUGUAACAGAAGAUUACUUAGGUGUGAAAGUAGCAGGCGGUGCAGUCGAUACCCCUGCAGACCAGCUACGCGUCAUGUACUGCUUGCGUGUGAUUCGUUUGCUGGAGCAGAGUGGACAGCCUGCGCUUGCUCUACAGGUCGCCCAAGAAGGUGUUGCUAUGGCUUCCUGUGACCAUCAAUCUAUGUCUGCACUUUAUUCUGUCAUUUUUAAGCAUCACCUAGAGUUACAGCACCAUGAUGAAGCAUUUACAGCCCUGUUAGCCUGCCCUGAUCAGCAUCGCAGAAGAAACUGUCUGCGUCAGCUCAUUGUUUCACUUCACGAACGCAAAUGCCUAACCACCUUAGUCAACUACCAGUAUGGCAGUCUUGAGGCAGAUGUAAUUAACAUCCUGGAGAGUCGUGCUCGAUCAGCUGACAUACUUGUUAACAAUUAUUAUGAUCUCCUGUACGCCUUCCACAUCUCUAAGCACAAUUACAAGAAAGCUGCGAGUGUCAUGUACGAAUGUGCUCUGCGCCUGAAUAUUGAGGGCGUUGGAGAGAAGGGACUCCAACAGCAGGCGAAGUGUUAUCUUGCUUGCCUCAACUGCCUCCGUCAUAUUCCAUCUGAGCAAGCAUGGAUUAUCAAACCAUUGCCAAAGUCGGGAGAGGACGAAGCGGAUCAAGAAAUGGCAACCAGAAAGUCAAGUUCUAUCAGUCCAAAGCGAAGCAGUGACGGAGAGUCUGUAGCCCCCCCACUCAGUCGCCGCCGCCCACAAGUCAAGGUUUUAGAGUUGCCGCACAUUGAGAGAGAGUAUGAGUUAGUGCAUGCCAGGCUCAAGAUUGUUAAGACACAGCCUGAUGCCUCAGCUUCAGGUGGCCCACUUAGUGCAGCAGACACCAUUAGUUUGCUAACCCAUGGCAGGCUUUUCACCGAGGCAGUUCGACUUGCCAGACUUUUUGAACAACCCAUUGCUCCUAUCCUUCAAGGGUUAGCCCACACCUGUAUACAUCCUCAGAAUACUCUCAAUAAAGCCACGGCACAAGAUGAGAAUGGAAUUUUAAGGGAAAGUGAAGAAUCCCAGAUGUGGUGGAACCUUCUCCGAGAAUUGGUGGAAGGAGAGGAACAGUCCAAUCAAACUGUUCUUCAUAAUGCCGUGACAUCUGUGCUCCUCCAACACUCUACAACGUUGCCCACUUGGCUAGUCAACUCUUACAUGGUUCGAAAUUGUGGCGAGCUUCUACGGUUGUAUGUUGGCCACGGCCUCUUAGAAGAAGCAGUAAAAGUUGCUUGCCAGUACAUUGAUGGUGUUUUAGGUCAUGGAACAGAACAGGUUGGUUUGCCAAAUGCUUUGCAUGCAGGGGCUGCUCCAGUGUGGCUUCCAUAUACAGCCCUUGAUAAACUGCUGUUAGAACUGAGAGAAGUGCAGCAGGACAUACACUUUGCAAAGAGCCCCACAGCUGGGAGACACCUUAGGUGCCUGGCCAUGAGUCAGAUAAUACCCCGGCAGUAG